UGCAUAUAAAUAAAAACAAAAAUCACAUUGUGGUAAAAAAUGUCUCUCUAUAAAUACGCUCAAACUCAAGUGCAACGCCUUCAAACCAUCUCUUCACAUCUUACCCCUUCUUUCUCCACAAGUACGAAAUCUACCAUGGUCUCAGCAUCCACUCAACCCUCAUCAGCACGUCCCAUCAUAUCUUUCAUUGGCGGUGGUAACAUGGCCGAAGCUAUUCUCGGAGGAUUGCAAGCCAGUGGUCAUCCUGGUUCUCGUCUGAGGUAUUCCGAGCCGUUGGACGAACGUCGCAAGUAUAUGCAAACAAAGUAUCCCGAACUGGUGGGCAGUGCAGACAAUGAAGCCGUCGUGGAGGGAGCCGAUGUUGUCAUCCUAGCUGUCAAACCUCAAGUGCUGCGUAAUGUGAUCAGCAGUCUUGCUCCUUCCUUCCUCAAGAAUCCGUCCAUGUUGCUAAUCUCCAUUGCUGCCGGGAUCUCGACCAAAGAUAUGCUGCGAUGGCUCAACACAGAUCAAGCCGUUUCGAUUGUGCGAUGUAUGCCCAACACACCGGCUCUUGUGGGAGAAGGUGCCGUAGGAUUGUAUGCAACUCAAGCCGUCAGUCAGGAACAGCGAAGUACCACCGAAGCCAUUAUGCGUGCGGUGGCCAAACAGGUAUCGUGGGUGGAGUCGGAAGCAUCCAUUGACACUGUCACGGGUAUCAGUGGCAGCGGCCCUGCUUACUUCUUCUUGAUUAUGGAGGCAAUGCAAAACGCUGGUGUUGCAGCUGGUCUGACGCCGGAGGAUGCCAAAGCAUUGACGCUUCAGACAUGCUUGGGUGCGGCUCGUAUGGCUCAAACAUCUGAAGAUGAUCUCGCCACUCUCCGUCGUAAAGUGACUUCGCCCAAAGGUACCACAGAAGCGGCCAUCAAAUCGCUCGAAAGUAACGGCAUUCGCAAAACUAUGGAAGAAGCGGUUUUUGCCGCUGAGAAUCGUGCCCGUGAAUUGGCCGAAGAGUUGGGCCAAAACUAGACACAUCGAUUGUCUUGUUUUUCUUGUCUUCUCAUAUUUCUGUAUCCUCUCUUUCUCCCCUUAUUCUUCGCCAUCUCAUUUUACUUCAUGAUUUGUAUAUUUUUUAUUUGCUUCUUAUACUCCGAAAAUAUAAUAAUUCACGCAUAUCUUCGCAACAAGUAAUAAGGGGGGAAUCUGAUGAGGUUGAUGAACACAAACUUUUUACCUUAAAAAAUUCUGUGUCUUUAUUUGGUUACUGGCCAAACAUUAAAAAAAAAAAAACCUGAAAAAUGCUUUUGGCAUGAUCAACGUCA